ACAGUAACUUCAUCUUCCUCAGGUUUUUCUACCUUAGUUUCAAUGGUGAUUUCUGAAACUCCUGGUUUAUCCUUUUCUACUAAGAUCUUGGAGAUUUUUGGUUUUUCUUCAGUCACAAUUUCAGUAACUACAGUUUCUUCUGACUUGAAAGUAACUUCAUCUUCCUCAGGUUUUUCUACCUUAGUUUCAAUGGUUAUUUCUGAAACUCCUGGUUUCUCCUUUUCUACAGUGAUCUCAGUGAUAUCUGGUAUUUCUUCAGUCACAAUUUCUGUAACUUCAGUUUCUUCUGACUCAACAGUAACUUCAUCUUCCUCAGGUUUUUCUACAUUAGUUUCAAUCCUGAUUUCUAAAAGUCCUGGUUUCUCCUUUUCUACUGUGAUCUUAGAGAUUUCUGGUUUUUCUUCAGUCACAAUUUCAGUAACUACAGUUUCUUCUGACUUGAAAGUAACUUCAUCUUCCUCAGGUUUUUCUACCUUAGUUUCAAUGGUAAUUUCUGAAACUCCUGGUUUCUCCUUUUCUACAGUGAUCUCAGUGAUUUCUGGUUUUUCUUCAGUCACAGUGUCUGUUACUUCAGUUUCUUCUGACUUGAAAAUAACUUCAUCUUCCUCAGGUUUCUCUACCUCAGUUUCAAUGGUGAUUUCUGAAGCUCCUGGUUUCUCCUUUUCUACAGUGAUCUCAGUGAUUUUUGGUUUUUCUUCAGUCACAAUUUCUGUAACUUCAGUUUCUUCUGACUCAACAGUAACUUCAUCUUCCUCAGGUUUUUCUACCUUAGUUUCAAUAGUGAUUUCUGAAACUCCUGGUUUAUCCUUUUCUUCUAAGAUCUUGGAGAUUUCUGGUUUUUCUUCAGUCACAAUUUCAGUAACUACAGUUUCUUCUGACUUGAAAGUAACUUCAUCUUCCUCAGGUUUUUCUACCUUAGUUUCAAUGGUUAUUUCUGAAACUCCUGGUUUCUCCUUUUCUACAGUUAUCUUGGUGAUUUCUGGUUUCUCUUCAGUAAUGACUUCAGAAACUAUAGCUUUUUCAGCCUCAUCACUAACUUCUGAAACUUCCUUUUCAGGAAUGAUUUCAGGCAUAUAACCUUUUUCUGCUCUUACAGAAUCUGUGCUUUCUUCUUCUGUUUUUAUAACAGUUUCAACUUCUAACUCAGUAAUUUCAGGUUUCUCUCUGUCCUGAUUUAUUUCAGUUAUCUCUGA